AUGACGAGAAUGUUCCACGUCAUCCUGGCCCUCUUCUGGCUUCCAGUACUCAAUGCCCAGUAUGGCGGAAGCGAAAGCAGCACAACGACUACAACCCCGUCAUCGACUUCUCAAUCAUCUUCAUCAAGUUCUUCAUCCAGCUCAAAAACAGUCCAGUCCGUUGAUGUGGGCGAAACUGGGUUCACUUUUAAGCCGGAUACACUCACUGUAUCACCAGGAAAUAAAGUUGAAUUCCACUUUUAUCCGGGAAACCACUCGGUCGCUCAGGCGUCCUUUGCCAACCCUUGUCAUCCUUCGAGCGACACGGGUAUUUUCAGUGGGUUUGUAGCACCUACAAGUGGUGAAUCAGAUACGGUCUUCACUCUUACGGUGAAUGAUACAAAUCCUAUCUGGUUAUACUGCGCUCAACUUGGGCACUGUCAGGCUGGCAUGGUUGCGGUGAUUAACCCGCCGUAA